AUGGAGAACGUAAAUUUUUCCCCUAGUGGGGAAUGUGGUGAGGAAAUCGAACGCGCUCUAAUGGAUCUGGGCCCUUUGCUUGGUGUCACAAUCAAGGAGGAAGUACCUGAUGAGCUGCCAGAUAGAGCGACAUCUCAAGGAAAUGUUAGUGGUACUAGUGAUAUCGCUGGCACAAGCAGCGCAGUGGAAAGUGGCUCCAUCAACAAGACGGAGGGCGAAGGUGCUGACUCGCUGGCGUCUCCCACCGGGCGCUCGACCUUCUUAACGAUGCGCUGUGUGUUCUGCCAACAAUGUCUAUCACAAACCGAGGGGACGCCUAAGCUUAUGGAGUGCCUGCAUUCAGCGUGUGAACCCUGCAUCAAGACUAAGAUCGAGGAGAAACUAUCUGGAAGUAGAGACUUUUUAGGAGCGGGGCGGGUCACCAUCCUGUGCGCGGCGUGCCGGCUGCAUUGCCAGCCCAACAAUAUGAUUGACCAAAGAUUCGUUCUCGAAAAAAUGGCUAUGGAACAAGCCGGCGGCGCAGGCGCGGGCGCCGCGGGCGAGCAGCAGUGCAACAGCUGCGAGGAGUCCGAGCCCGCCGCCAGCUACUGCGUGGACUGCGCCGAGUUCAUCUGCGACAACUGCGUGCUCGCGCACCAGAGGCUAAAGAUCACGAAGGACCACACGAUCAAGUCGAAAGAGGAGGCGGUGUCGGAGCUGCAGGCGGCGGCGGGCGCCGGCCACGCGCACGACAUGUUCUGCCGCGACCACCCCGCCGAGCGCCUGGCGCUCUUCUGCGAGACCUGCGACCGCCUCACGUGCCGCGACUGCCAGCUGCAGCACCACCGCGACCACAAGUACCAGUUCAGCUCCGAGAUGGCGGCGCAGGCGCGCGCCGGCCUCGCCGCGCUGCUCUCCGAGGUCAGCUACAAGCGCGUGCUGCUCGGCUCCGCCAUGAAGGUCAUCCGCGACCGCCAGGCGCUCAUCGCCGACAAGAAGCGCGCGCUCGUGCACGACAUCACGCAGACCGUGGUCAAGCUGACCAACGCCGUCAACACUCGCGGCAAGCAGCUCGUGCUGCGCCUCAACGAGGUGUGCGACGCCAAGCAGCGCACGCUCGGCGAGAAGAAGGACGCGCUGCAGCAGCUGGCCGCCAUCACCGACCACUGCGUGCGCUUCGUGGGCGCGGCGCUGCAGCACGGCAGCGACACCGCAGUGCUGCACAGCAAGCGCACCGUGGCCGCGCACCUGCAGCGCAUCAAGAGCCGGCGCGCCGACAUCCCCAACCCCGAGAUCCCCGUGCGCAUCGCGCUCGCGCUCGACAAGCUGCCCGACCUCGUGCGCGUGCUGUCCACCAUCGGCGCCAUCGUGGUGGACGGCAAGGUGGACGGUGCCGCGCCCGCCGCCGCCGCCGCGCCCGCCGCGCCCUCCGCCAGCCCCGGCGCGCCCGCCGCCGCGCCGCCCUACCACGCCGCCGCCGGCCCGCCGCACUCGGCCGUGGCGGCGCUGCAGCACGUCGCAAUGCACCAGUCGUACGUGCAAGCGGUGUCGGGCGCCACGGGCGGCGUGGUGUCCUCGGGCGCCGCCAUGCUGGGCGGCAUGGCGGGCGGCGUGGGCGGCAUGGCGGGCGGCGUGGGCGGAAUGGCGGGCGGCGUGGGCGGAAUGGCGGGCGGCGUAAGCGGAAUGGCGGGCGGCGUGAGCGGAAUGGCGGGCGGCGUGAGCGGAAUGGCGGGCGGCGUGGGUUACAUGGUGAUGCCGCGCACGCGCGCGCACACGCCGUUGCGCCACCCGCACGUCACCUCCACCACGCACCCGCACCAUCUGCACGGCAUGAGCGAGAUGAACCUGCGCGGGCUGCUGAACGCGUCGGGGUCGCGCCGCACGCCCGCGCCGCACGCCGCGUUGCCCGCGCACGGCGCCGUACAGCACGCCUACCACCAGAUGAUGGGCGCGUACAACAACGCGUACGGUGGCGCGGGCGCGGGCGCGGUCGCGGGGGCGGGCGGUGCCAGCGGGCGGCGCAGCGGCGGGCCGCGCACGCCGUCGCCGGCGCCGCUGCACGCGCACGCCGCGCACGCGCCGCACGCCGCCAAGUGGCACAUCCCGCAGCACGCGCUCUCCAAUGGUUCGCAAUCAUAUAUAUAUACACUACGUAAA